AUGGCCCCUCACAGCAAUGAAUCCUCUGACAACGAGUCGACCGGUGAAGAAAUCCCUUUCAAGAAGACCAACGACGCCGCAGACGAUAGUGGAAAUGAGGAAGAAAGCGAGGAAGGAGAAGACGUUUACGUAGUUGAAUCAAUCGUCGGCCACGAGUUUCAGGGAAAAACUCUCAUGCUACAUGUCAAAUGGAAAGGAUAUGACGACCCCGCAGACCAGACAUUAGAGCCGGAAAAAGGAUUACUGGAAGGCGCAGAGGAUUUGGUGAAAGAAUACUACUCAAAGAUUGGCGGCCGCCCAGAACCAGCAUCAAAGCCAGGAAGAGGCAAACGAAAGUCCGUGACCGCGAGCGCAAAGGACACACCCGAACGAACGGCCACUAAGAGACAGAGAACCUCGAAACGAGAAACCAACGGCACAGAAGAUUUGGGCGCAGACAUCCCCCGAGGCAUUCCAGACUGGGUUGGUGAUAAGGAUCAUUGGGAGGAGGAUGUCGCGAAGGUGCAGACAAUUACACAGGAUGAAGAUCAGAACCUGGUCGCAUUCUUGGUUUGGACCAAUGGCAAGACAACAAAGGUUUCGCUUGGCUUGUGUUAUGAAAAGAUACCCCAACUGAUGCUCAAGUUCUACGAAGCACAUCUUGUGUUUAAGGGUGAAGGUACCGAAGAGGAAUGA